AUAAUUUUUGUCCGCGCACAGACACACACACACACACACACUCUCUCUCUAUCUCUCUUUCUCCCUCAAUCUCUAGUACUAGUAGUAGAAAACCACCUCGAAAACCCUAGCAAUGGCGGCGGCGGCGGCGUUGAUCGAUCCGAGCUUCGACGUCGACAAGCUCAGCUACGAGAUCUUCUCCAUCCUCGAGAGCAAGUUCCUCUUCGGCUACGACGAGCCCAAGCUCUUCUCCUCCGCCGCCGCGUCGCUCCCGGAGACCCCGACGAAGACCCCGGCGAGGUGCGCGGCGCCCGCCGGGAGGGUCCGGAUCCUCUCCAUCGACGGCGGGGGCCGCGCCGCCGACGGCAUCCUCGCCGCGGUGGCGCUCUCGCGCCUCGAGGCCUCGCUGCGCGAGAGAUCCGGCGACCCGGGCUCCCGGAUCGCCGACUACUUCGACGUCGCGGCGGGGUCGGGCGCUGGCGGGGUCCUCGCGGCGAUGCUCUUCGCGCGGGGCCCCGACGGGCGCUCGAUGUUCUCGGUCGAGGAGGCGCUGGGGUUCCUCGCGCGGAACCUGCGGAGGGGCGCCCUCUCCGGCGAGAGGAGGCGGGUCCUCCGGGGAAUUUUCCGGCGAUCUUCGCCGGCGGGGAUGUUCCGGCGGGUGUUCGGGGAGGCGACGCUGCGGGACACGGUGGGGCCGGUGCUGAUCCCGUGCUACGACCUGGCGACGGGGGCGCCGUUCCUGUUCUCGCGGGCGGACGCGGUGGAGGGCGAGGGCUUCGACUUCCGCCUCCGCGAGGUGUGCGCGGCGACGUGCGCGGCGGCGGGGGCGGCGGUGGAGAUGAGGUCGGUGGACGGCCGCGCGCGGAUCGCCGCGGUGGGGGCCGGGGUGGCGAUGGGGAACCCCGCGGCCGCGGCGAUCACGCACGUGCUCAACAACAAGCGCGAGUUCCCCCUGGCCGCCGGGGUCGAGAACCUCCUCGUCGUCUCCCUCGGGUGCGGCGAGGCCAUGCGCGCUCAAGCGUAGCUUUUGCAAUCAGAUCCUAAAAUUUAUUAUUUAUUUCAAUUAAAUUUAUAUUGUUAAAAUUUCGAGGACGUAGUUAUAUAAAAAGACCGACAUGUCAUGUAACAAUUGUAUUAAAAGAUAAAUCGAAAUCAUUUUUAGAUCAAUCUAAGAUUUAGAUUCAUAU